UGGCGGCUGGCUCCUGCCGCGCAUGCUCAGCCUGCUCUGUGUUGUCAGGCAAAGAAUAAGCCUGCACUGGGAGCAGAGAUCUGCAACAGAUAAACACACACACACCUUCAAACACACAUUUGGAGCAAGCCAGGAAGAAAGAAUCAAAAUCAAACAGCAUGAAAAUGGAGAUGACUUCCUCAUUAAGCUCACCUCAUUUUUAAAUUUUGCUCAGACAUUUUAUGAUCUUGUUCUGAAUGCUUCGUUGUGAGCCAAGAGAAGAGAGAAGGAAGCAUCACUGGAGGAAAGCCCAUUGAAGGAGAGGGACUGCAAAGAGCUUGUCCCUCCAUCUUUUUUGUGAAGUUCUCCAUACAGAAGCCACAGAGCUUCAGACUCCAUCUAAGCUGUAUAUUCCAUGCCUUUGGGGUGUUUGAUGUGAAAUGGAUGGGAACAGUCCAGACCUGUCAGAGCUUCAUCUCUAAAUGACUGAUCCAAUGGACAUCAAAGGCCAGUGUUGGACGGAUGAGGAAUCAGAUGGAGAUAAUGAGCCUGAGCAGUUCCUCUAUGGAAUUCAGGGGAGCUGUGCAGCUGAUUUGUAUCGCCAUCCCCAACUAGACGCUGACAUCGAGGCUGUGAAAGACAUUUACACGGAUAGUGCCAUAUCAGUCAGAGAAUACGGCACAAUUGAUGACGUGGAUAUCGACCUUCAUAUCAACAUCAGCUUCCUGGAUGAGGAAGUUGCGACAGCAUGGAAGGUCAUCCGAACAGAGCCCAUCAUCCUCCGCCUCCGCUUCUCCCUCUCGCAGUAUUUGGAUGGACCUGAACCCUCGGUCGAAGUAUUUCAGCCCUCUAAUAAAGAUGGAUUCAGCCUUGGACUUCAGCUGAAGAAGAUCCUGAGCACCUUCAUUUCUCAGCAAUGGAAACACCUGAGUAAUGAGUUCCUGAAAGUUCAGCAGGAGAAGAGGCACAGCUGGUUCAAGGCUGGUGGGACUAUAAAGAAGUUCCGUGCAGGCCUCAGCAUCUUCUCCCCCAUCCCUAAAUCUCCCAGUUUCCCGUUGAUCCAGGACACGGCGCUGAAGGGUAAACUGAACGUGCCUGAGCUGAGAAUGACCCGUCUUAUGAACCGCUCCAUCUCCUGCACCAUGAAGAACCCAAAGGGGGAGCUGUUCAGUUAUCCCCCCAACAGUCAGACUGUGGCAGUCCCGGCGGGCAGGGCCCCGGCGCAGAUUACCACGCGGCAGCUGAUUGAAUUGUUUUUCUCAUCCCAGGCGGGCGGCCACUGCAAGAACAUCCCCACUCUGGAGUACGGUUUCUUAGUGCAGAUAAUGAAGUAUUCUGAGCAGCGGAUCCCGACACUGAAUGAGUACUGUGUGGUGUGUGAUGAGCAGCACGUCUUUCAGAAUGGCUCUAUGCUCAAGCCUGCAGUAUGCACCAGAGAGCUGUGUGUGUUCUCUUUUUACACUUUGGGAGUGAUGUCAGGUGCAGCUGAAGAGGUGGCUACAGGAGCUGAGGUUGUGGAUCUUCUAGUUGCCAUGUGUAGAGCUGCUCUAGAGUCUCCCCGGAAGAGCAUCAUCUUUGAGCCAUAUCCCUCAGUAGUCGACCCCAAUGACCCCAAAACCCUCGCCUUUAACCCCAAGAAGAAAAAUUAUGAAAGACUGCAGAAGGCGCUAGACAGUGUUAUGUCCAUACGAGAAAUGACCCAGGGAUCUUAUUUGGAAAUAAAGAAACAAAUGGAUAAACUCGACCCCCUGGCUCAUCCUCUACUACAGUGGAUAAUAUCCAGUAACAGGUCUCAUAUAGUCAAACUGCCUCUGAGUAGGCAGCUGAAGUUUAUGCAUACGUCCCAUCAGUUUUUGCUCCUGAGCAGCCCACCUGCCAAAGAAGCUCGAUUUCGGACAGCCAAGAAGCUCUACGGCAGCACCUUUGCAUUUCAUGGUUCUCAUAUCGAGAACUGGCACUCUGUUCUGAGAAAUGGACUAGUCAAUGCCUCCUAUACCAAAUUACAGCUGCAUGGGGCAGCCUAUGGGAAGGGCAUCUAUCUCAGCCCCAUCUCCAGCAUAUCUUUUGGAUAUUCAGGAAUGGGUAAAGGACAACACCGAAUGCCGACUAAAGAUGAACUGGUGCAGCGCUAUAACCGUAUGAACACAAUCCCACAGAGUCGCCCGAUUCAGUCACGCUUCCUACAGAGUCGGAAUCUGAACUGCAUUGCACUUUGUGAAGUGAUCACAUCCAAGGACCUCCAGAAACAUGGAAACAUCUGGGUGUGUCCUGUUUCAGACCACGUGUGCACACGCUUCUUCUUUGUAUAUGAAGAUGGCCAGGUAGGAGAUGCUAACAUCAACACCCAGGAGCCCAAGGUGCAGAAGGAGAUCAUGCGUGUGAUUGGCACUCAGAUCUACUCUGGCUGAGAGGGAACCUCUGGGCCAUCUGCAGGGACUCAGCACUGCAGAACCAGCUGUAGCGCCUUAGCUUUUGCUCAGAGUGAAGAAGCAGGAGAGCCGAACCUUUCAAUCCCCCUCUGUCCUUCCCUGUGCUUCUCUUCUGCCUUUUUUCUUUCUUCUUUUCCUGGCUUUCAUGAGGAGGUUUGGAUGUGCGUCCCCUCCCUUCUCCCUGUGUGGUUUGUCCUGUUCAGGGCAGCUGAGACUGAUGGACCAUCCUCUUCCUCCUCCCAUAGCAGGAAGUGAUUUGAAAGUAUAAUGCCUGAGCAAACUUCAUGUGGAAGUAUUUUAUAUGGCACACUAUAAAGAGCCAACUUUUGGCACACUGUGCACAUAGGCAGUUUCACAGCCAGCGAAUGCUAACGAGGGAACAGAAUUUCACACGACUCAUGGCUCAGACUCUCAUCUACGUGCCACCUCCUUCCAGAGCGAUGGAUGAGAUGCCUGAUUGGAUCCCUAAAUCUGUCAAUCAAACUGAUGUGAACUCACCCAAGCAUGGGCUGCUAUCUUUCUAUCCUCGGACACUCGGUUUCAUUUCCUUUCAGUCCUGAGCUUAAUAACCGUAUCGUUCCGUCUCCACUCUUCGACUCUUUAUAGCUCUCUCAUACACCAAACAUUUAUCAUUCAGAAUAUCUAUAAAUACAAAGUAAUUUAAAAAAACUUUAUUAUAUUUCUGGUCUCUGGAUCGUAAGCGACGGAUCUUCUCGCACCCUUAUUGCGUUUGUAAAAAAAUCCUCGUCUUGAUCUGUUUACUUUCAUAUUCUUUGAGUAAUGGCGUAUUAAUAUCCAAGAUGCGGUUAUCUCCGGGGCUGCUGUUGUUCAGCUACUCCUUCUGGUAAAAUCAAUUUCCUUUUCUUUUGUCUCCGGUGCACAGCAUGGCAGAAACACGAACGCGAACAUGCACGCACGCGCGCUGGAAAGAUGUUUACUGCAAUUUAUCAGUGGGAGCAUGGGUGCUUCUGUUUGACAAAUGAAAUAACGAAAUUUCAUUAUUGCUCAUAUUCACAGCUAUUCCCCCUAAUCACUGGUUUCUCUAAUUUCAUUAUGUCCUGGGCGGGAAAAGCUCACUGACAAGGUCAUUUAACAUAAAUCGAAGAAAUCAAAACCUCAUUUAACGUUCCUUAACAGCUACGGUUAUGGACACAGCCUAUUUCUUCGUAGUAUAUAACUGGGCUGCCUCUUAUCCUCCAGCUGUUCUUCUUUUUAAAUAUAUUCCUUCAGCUUGGUGUGAUUUAUGAAAAUGCUGUGCAGCCUAACUGUGUGUUUCUCCACAUACAAGGUUGUAUAUUCAACCAGUGGAGUCUGUUAUCACUUAAACAAACCUACAAACGUAACAAGUGAACUAACACUCUGGACUUAAUGAAUGUUGAAGCUGUAUGAAGGAUUUUAUUGAAUGCAAGCGGGUUGUAAAUAAAAUCACGGUGUUAACAGCAGACGAUGAAACAGCUUAGCCGUCUUUCGUCUCCUAUACAGGCUCCUGGUUGCAUUUAUGUUGGUCCAGUUCUGUUUUAUUGCUUUUAUUGUGUGUCAGUGCUCGGUGUAAAAACUGAGCCGAUAAAAAGCAGUAACCACAUGAACGAAUAAAGAGACCUUGUGCACAGUU